AUGUCAAAAACUCCAAAACAUUCAAAAAUACAUAGUAUGGCUCAUUGAAUACAUACAUUAAGUAUGCUUAAUACAUAGACGCGUAUUCUCCUGCGUUUAGCUUAUGCACACACUCAAAAUGCGGGAGGAGAAACGUAAUAAAAGAUACAAGAGAGAGCAAGUAAUGCUACAGUUUAUGCCGUUUUGACCGAUAAUGCAGCUAAUGUGCAGUGGAUGGGAAAUGCCUCUAAUUUGCUUUAUUCAACAUGCAACGCCCACUCUGCUAAUCUGUUGGCUGGUGAUAUCGUUUCCAAGCCAGUAAACUCUAAAAUUAUGCGAAAAGUGACCACUGUGCAAAAAGAUUUCCGAAGAACUGGCUUGACAGACCUACUUUUAAAAGCUGGUGGCCAUAAACCAGCUCUGCCUUGUGCAACCCGUUGGACAUCACAACGAAGUGCCGGCGAGUCAUUUUUGAAGAAUUUGUCCACCAUGAAAACGGUCACUACUGCCUGCGAAGUGGAGGCAGAAUCUGACAAAGACACGAUUAGACCAAAACCAAUCGUUUCUUCUCGUCUAUUCAAUCAAAAGUUUGUCGCAUCGGUUAAGUCUUUGGUCGAUAUACUAGAUCCGGUCGCGAAAUUGACAAAUUAUUGUCAAAAGAGCACCAGCUCUGUUGCUGACGCAGCAGAGAAAUGGCUUGAAUUAUUGCAAGAUGGGCCAGUGGCAUUGCGUCCAUUUGUGGAAAGCCGAAUGAAGCAGAGCAACAUUUUGAACGAUGUUACGUUAACGGCUAAUUUUUUUCAUCCGAUUUAUCGCGGCAAAAGAUUGAAUGAGGAUCAACAUAGACAAGUUACAAGCUACGUUUUUGAUAAGCUCAAAGGGCCUGCACUUGAAUCAUUACAUGGAUUUACAAAAGGCAAAGGAGCGUUUGCAUCUUUAGCUCAAAAGAAAAUCGUUUCACCAAAAGCGUUCUGGCACUUCGCCGACCAAUUGGGCCAUGGAGAGUUGGCUACAUUCGCUCUGGAUUACUUGAAAAUUCCCGCAUCCACUGCACAGCUUGAAAGGUUAUUCUCCAACUGGGCAUAUGUGCACAAUGACAUUAGAAACCGACUAUCGACCGAAACAUCCAAAAAACUCGUGAACACCAAUUUCACGUUGCGCACAACCGACGAAAUUAUCGAAGAUGACGACGAGGACUUUGAAAUGGAAGGGGAGCAAUUCGGAACCGAUGAUGAGAGUGAUCAAGAUGAAUAAAACCGAAGAUUUUUUAUCCAAACAAAAUGAUCAUUUUUACGUAAAAAUAACACAAUUCAAAAAUAAACUCGAACUUUCCGUAUUUUUUUCACAAAUCUAUUGUAUU